CGAUAGUGGAACAUGGCUGCCGCCGCCGGACGAGGAUCAAAGAUCUGCCUGCCGGUGCAUCUGGCCAUUUUUAUGUGGUAUUUAUUCACUGUGUGGAGUAACUGCUCCCUGCAGACCUCAGACAAACAUCCCGGCGUGCGAUCAUACGGAGGUCGAUGGAAAUAUUUGACGUUUAUUAAUCUGGUGAUGCAGACGGUGUUUUUCGGAUUCUGUGUGUUAGUGGAUGUAAUUCACGCCGUUCUGCCUGUUAAAAGGACUCGCAGUGGGACACCUUUGAUCCUCACCAACAUCAGGGACUUUUAUUUCACUGUUCUGGCGUUUCCUGUAGGGAGUUUUGUGUUUGCUUCUUUCUGGACGCUAUACACUUAUGACAGAGAGCUGGUGUAUCCAAAAUUCUUAGAUGAGAUCAUUCCCAUCUGGCUCAAUCAUGCACUGCACACGGUAAUCAUGCCCUUACUGCUGGUCCAGAUGUACCUGCAGAAUCACAAAUACAGCACGCGCACAAAAGGGAUUUUCAGUUUGGCUUUAUUUGCUGCCCUGUAUUUGUCAUGGGUGUUGUGGGUUCACCAUGCUUCAGGGAUCUGGGUGUAUCCCAUCAUGGCUCAUUUAAGUCCCGUGGGAUUGUGUAUUUUUCUUGGAGGCGCAUCGCUCACCAUGGCUCCUCUCUACCUGUUAGGAGAGAAGCUCAACCACAUGAUGUGGAGCACAACAGGGAAUCAGAAGAAGAAGAAAAAAUAGAUGAUGGCUGGAAUCCACAUUGACCAUGUGACCAUUUCAAUACCAGCCAUACAAAAACAGUUCUACAGGGAAAAAUGGGACUGUUUGUAGCACUGCAUAAGAUUUUAUACAAGAGGACCUCAGAUCAUAUAUACAGUAUAGUAUGUUUACACUUAAUGUGCUGAUAUUUUAACCAGGUUUCAUUUUUAUCAAAAAAUAAUUGUAUUAUUAUACUUUAUUAUGUCUUUGUGGCACACAUAAUAAUAAUUUGCACUUAUUAAUUAAUUUGCAAUACCCCCCCCCCCCCCCCCCUUAAUUUUCUUUAUUUUCUAUUUUUCAUAAUGAAGUUUUUGUAUUAAAUUCCAGAUGUUCAGUGGUUAUGGGCCAGUUAUUAGAGAGCACUUUCUCCCCUUCAUUAUUAUGACUAUGAAUAUGAAUAUGUGUUGGAUAGAAAGACUUGUUUAUUUUCAAAGUUGGUGGGGGUUUUUUUUCUCUUGUGGUUUACUUUUUCAAAUUACUGUUUUUUGGGGGGGUUUCUGAUCGUUUUCCCAUUAUUAUCAAAUGAAGAAUACAUACACGACUGUUUAAAAGUUUGGAAUUGCCAUGAUAUUUUAAUUCACCAAGGAUGCUUUUAAUUGACCGGUUAUUACAGUAAAUUUUAUCAUUUUAAAAAUGACUUUUUAUUUAAAUAAAUGCUGUACUCUUCAAACUUUCUGUUCAACCAAGAAUCCUCCAUUUGCAGCAAUGACACCUCAUACACACAGUCAGUUUAUUAAGAUGUUCAGAUGAAAUUUAAUCCUCUGUGUUCUGGAACACUUCCCAAAGAUGUCACUGGUUUGUAAGACACUUUUCUAACAUCAGCUUAACACCUCAAACUUGGUUUACCAUCCAAUCUUUGAAGUUCUUCUUUCAGUUUAAGACAUGUGAGGAGUCUGUUUCUCAAACUAGAGAAUCCGAUGGACUUGUAUUCUUGCUGUUGUCCACUUCUCUGUCCUGAUCACCGUUAGGUGUCAUCCUCAGUGUGUUUCAGUGCAUCUUGUAUUGAUGUAAUACAAAUGUAUCACUCUUGUCAGAGUUCAGGAAUCAAUCCAUUAUUAGCCAGUGGUCUUGUUACUGCACCUGUAGUUAACUUUUAAACAGCAGGCAACAAGAUUUCAUUGACCAACAAAAUUUGUGACUACAUGCACAUUUCAAUGAAUGCAAUUGGGUUCAAGUGAAAAAGUGCAAGCAUAUUAAACUUGGGAAGCAAAACCGCACUAUACAACACUGUAAUGGCAAUGAAACUCUAUGCUCUGCUCUCUGAAAAGUUGUGAAACACAUAUAGAAAACGUUUUAAGAAUUCAUAUAAUGGGUAUACAGUAUAGUGAGUGAAAGGGCUCAGGAUGUUGUCACUGUUAUAAUUAAUGCAAAGUUGUUUCUCUGAUGUAAAUGAAAUGUGUGUUAAACUGAGACCGGUAAUUCUCAAGGCUUACUGAAGUCUCCAGUGAAGUCUAGCAUCAAACCCUCAGCAGAGCUAGAAAAUCACAUUAAGGGCUUCAUUUAUGAGAUUACCUGAGUUCACACAGAUUACAGUCUGUCAGUCAGGUACCCUUAAACCACCACAUGAAGAUUCUAGAUACAAGCUAUUUCUUUGAAUAAAACAGCUUAUGCCUUUGUUUAGAUGCGUAUAAUCAAAAUUACACAGUAUUCAUAAACUACUAACUAAACACACCCUUCAAAAAUUUGGAACCACCAAGACAUUUUUGCGCUUGUAAGAUAUUGCUGCUUUUCACCAAGGAUGCAUUAAAUUGGUCAGAAAUCCUGGCAAAAACUUUAGCAUGUUGAAAAUUAUUAUUACUGUUUGAAAAAGCCGUUUUAUUUGUAUUUAUUUGCAAAUAAAAAUUUGGACUAUUUUCAGCAGUUAUUACUCUGGUCUACUAAGAAAAUAUUGUGUCAGCUAAUGUGCUAAUUUGAGACUAAAAAAAAAACAUUAUUUUGACUGUUUAAAAAUGGUUGUGAUAAGGAUGUUGGAACAUUGCAAUUCAGUGUGUUUUUUCAGUUGCUGAAGUAUUGAGUAUGCUUGCAUUUCUUGCAAGUCACUUUACACUUUAAAGUCCAAUUUUGGGGUGAAAAAUGGCCAAAAAUAAAAACAAAAUUCUGAAAAACA